UUCAGUCUCGCCAACAUGUUCAAGCUAAGCAGCAGCAGACUGCAGACGCACAAGAUCUUCCCUCUCGGCUGGCCGAGGGUGCGCCACGCCUCGUCCAGCUCAGCGGGCGAGCGCACAGCCCUCUACGAUUUCCAUGUGCGCAAGGGCGGCAAGAUCGUGAACUUUGGCGGCUAUGCGCUGCCCGUGCAGUACUCGGACCAGAGCAUCAUUGCCUCGCACCUGCACACACGGCGCGUCGGCUCCAUAUUCGACGUCUCGCACAUGCUGCAGACGUAUGUGCGGGGCAAGGAUGCCGCUGCGUGCCUGGAGAGCGUCUGCACCGCGGACAUACUGCAGAUGCCCGGCGGCAGCGGCAGCCUGACUGUGUUCACCAAUGAGCAAGGCGGCAUUCUCGACGAUCUGAUUGUGAACAAAGUGAGCGAGCAGGAGCUCUAUGUGGUCUCCAAUGCGGCCAUGAAGCAACAGGAUCAGGAAAUCAUGAGCUCAGCUGUGUCUCGCUUCAAGUCUGAGGGUAAAGAUGUGUCCAUUGAGUUCUUGAGUCCGGCGGAUCAAUCUGUGAUUGCAGUUCAGGGCCCACAGGUGGCCCAGCAACUGGCGAAGCUGCUGCCCCAGCCCAAGGUACUGGAACAGCUCUACUUUAUGCGAUCCGGAAUCUUUGAGCUGGCUGGCAUCAGCAACGUACGCAUCAGUCGUUGCGGGUAUACGGGCGAGGAUGGAGUCGAGAUUUCGGUGCCGUCUUCGCAGGUGGAGGCACUGACCGAGGCGCUGCUGGCUGCCGGAGAACUGAAGCUGGCUGGCCUGGGCGCCCGGGACUCGCUGCGGCUGGAGGCCGGCCUCUGUCUCUAUGGCAACGACAUCGAUGCACAGAUCACGCCCGUGGAGGCAGCGCUGGCCUGGCUGGUGGCCAAGCGCCGACGCACCACCGCCGACUUCCCCGGCGCCCAGCCCAUUCUACAGCAGCUGAAGGAGGGAGUGCAGCGUCGUCGCAUUGGCCUCCAAAUGCUGGGCGUCAAAGCGCCACCAGCUCGCGCAGGCGUGGCCAUCUUCAGCGACGGCCAGCAAGUGGGUCGCGUGACCAGCGGCUGUCCCAGCCCCAGCACCGGACGUAACAUUGCCAUGGGCUACGUGGCGGAGCAGCUGAAGCAGCCCGGCACCAAACUGGAGCUGAAGGUGCGCGACAAAUUCUACGAGGCGGAAGUAACGCGAAUGCCAUUCGUUAAAGCCAACUACUACAAUAAGCCCAAGCAAUAAACUGAAUUGGU